AAACAUCGUGACCUGCCAUUGUUGUGCGGCUAGUCACGAAGCACCGUCGACCACAUUACAUUCUUACCGAUAGUGAAUUAGCUACCGUAUUAAUCGAAAAUGGCACCGAUGAUCGCCUACAUAAUGCUGCCCGCGAUGCAGCUCGUGUGUAAUGUAGUAAUUCCGGAUAUCGAUUCGAGAGUCGCGCUGGGUGUGUUGAAAAAUGGAAACGUAUCCAUCGUCGACUGUUCUCCGAUCGUGCAGCAUGACGCCGAUCCGGAUUCAAAUCCAAACGAGUCUGUAUUACCGCCGUACAUCGAAAUGCCGAUGACGACUCUCCCGGAUGGCUACGAAAGCUUCCCCGAAGUUGGAGCAGCUUUCAAGUAUCACAGCGAUGAAGCUGUGACGUGGCAAGCGGCCACAAAGAAGUGCAUCGAGGAGGGUGGAAGCUUGGCUGCGAUUGAUUCCUGGCACAAGUUCGAUAUCCUGAAGCUACUCGUAACGCCCCCAAGUCACAUCCACGUGGGAUUCACUCGCAUGUACGAAAGCAAGGAUUGGGUCGACGUCAGGACAGGAUCACCCUCGCCAACCGUACCAUGGGCGAUAGACGAACCUUGGGGCGAUUACUACUGCGUCAGAAUGCAUCCGACGACGCUCGGAUUGUUGAGCGACACUUGUUCGGCUCGACGGCAUUACGUUUGCGAGAUUGAAAUUCCUCGGGGUAACAACUGAAGAGGUCGUCGGGGUUGUGAACGAGACAAACGCCGAUCACGUUAUACCAAGACUCCGAGUGUGACGCCACGGUAUUUUUUAAUUAUGAGCAUUCAAUAAAAAUCCGCAUUCGAAUCGCGAAAGCUUUCAAGUCAGUUAACCGAUUCCCGAUCACCCGAGUAGCGACGCUGUUCAAAAACCAUUUCAAAUUUCUUUUUUCACCGAAUUUCAUCACGACGGUGUAUUUCAGGAUCGGCUUAAUCAGCAUGACAUCUGUCUGAGACAUUCAUGAUAUACGACGGUUUGGUUACGGUCAAAGUAACGUCAAAUCCACCAUCAAAUCCUUCAUAUUAUUUUCUACACAUAUUUUACUGACUUUUAUAAACGUUUUAUUGUUGUGGUCGAAAUUAUUUGAGUAAUCGUACAGAGGUUUUGUUCGACUAUCGCGCUUCGGAGUAACGGAAAUGGUGAUUUUUCAAGCCAUUUCGUAUAUAACGAGUUGUGGUCGACACGAUCACGUGACGUAAAUUUCAAUAUUUGAACCAAUUACACAGGCCUGCGAAAUAUAACUUC